UAUUUUGAAAAAUUUAGCUUGAAAGAAACAAAAUUUUGUUUUAAUUUUGGAAACUACGAAGCAGCACGAUAUACUCCGAAUUUGGAUGUUAUUUUGAAAGGUUUGACUUAUAACCUUAUAAACUCAACAAAAAGAAUUAAAUAUUAAACAUGGCGAUGUCACCAUCAUCUUUGCUGGCCAAACUUGAUGAAUUAAAGCGAUGGCAACAAAUUCAACAAGAAAGACUACUCAAACAACAUCAGACAAGAUUAGAAGCUGCUAAUUCAUUAUUUCCUCAUUUAACACAAUCAAGAAUAGAAGAAGAGAAAGAAGAAACUAAAGAAAUUUCAUCUGUAGUACAUGAACAAGUGGAUAAUGAGGAAGCAAUGGAUGAUACUAGUAAAAGUCCUGGAAAUAUCACAAAGAAACCUUUUUUAAAAAGAGGUACUGGACUUGUAAAGUAUGGUCUUCAGUAUGGUGAUCAAAAGAAGCCCUUCAACAAGAUGAAACCACUGAAAGUUUAUAAAACAGCUGCUCACAAAAGAAUUAAUCAAAUUAAAACAGAUGAUCAAGAAGAAAAGUUUGUGCAAUCAACAGUUUCUAAUUCAAAACCAAAAUGUAAGCCAAAUAUUCAAAAGAUAGAUGAGAUUAUCAUCAAAACUGCUUCACCACCCAAGAUUACACCUUUGAGAGCUCCAGAAAUGUCUAUUAAACAGAAAGCUAAAUGGUGUCCAGUUGAACCAGAAGAUUAUGAACCUCCUUGCCUGCCAACAUUACCUGCAACAUUACCUUCUGGUUCCCUACCAGGAAUAUCACACAUUUCUGAAGAAGAAUCUCAACAAAAUGUUGGACUGCAAAUGUUACAAAACAAUCCAGAACUUUUUCAUGCUCUACAGAGACUUGCUACUGAACAUUUUGGGCCUGCCAAUGGUGAUGGUACUGCUUCCUUUGAUCAAACAGAUCUUUUGAAUAAACUCACUUUGUUGGAUAAUGAAAGUACAAUUUAUCAAACACCAAUAAACAAUAACCACACACAGCUUGUUCAAUAUCUUCAGAAUUUACUUCAAAGGUGUGAGAAUAAUACACCAGGUGAUUUAACUACCUAUGAGAAUGCUUUAGCAAAAGAAUUGAGAGUUUUUGAACAAUUAGAGGAAAAAGCAAUGAAUAGCAGUUUUUGUUCAACCAACUCAAGUGUAAUGGAGUUACUUGCAAGCACUCCAAAUAGAAUUACUAAAGGUAAGGUUCCUAGCUUUGAAACAAUACAGGAAAAUUGUAAUAACAUGAAUCGGGUUCAAGUUCAAGCAGAUAUUCAUAAUUUACCGAAUAAAAUCAGCACUGGUACACAAAACAGUUAUUCUGACUUCGAUAAUGAUACUUUACAGAGUAAAAAUUCAUCUAAUGCUAAGAAAAUGUUGAUUUAUCCACACGAAAUACAACAGAGUAAUGACACAUUAGUUCAGAAUGAUUAUUCGGAUGAGAGUUCAAUUAAUUCGGAUGAUUUUGAUCAUACUACUGCGAAUAUUGUUCCGGAAAUACUUGUAAGACAAAACGCUGCAACAAUGACUGAUCCAAUUGAUACAGUUAACGAGGAUUUACUUAAAGUUAAACUUAAAGAACUAGAAACCGAGAUUUUAUCGUUUCGAAGCGAAAACAAAAAGGUAGAGAAAUUAAAAUCGGAUUUAGAGCGACAACGUUCGGAUAUAAUUAAGAGUAAAAAGUCCCUAGAGAAGGAAUACAAUUCAAAACGUGAAGAACUAGAAUGUGAGUUUGAUGAAGAACGUAAAAAACUUAAUAAAGAGAAGCAGGUGUUCGAGAAAUAUUCAAAGGAGAUACAGAAUAAACCAAAUAGAAAGGAGCGUGAAGAAAUUUCGAAUUUGAAAGCAGAGUUGGCGAAUGUCAAGGAAACUUUGAAAGUGAAAGAAACUAGGAAUGGAACCACCCAAGCGAGAUUAAGAACUCAAAUUAAGUCUUUGGAGAAAGACAAUGCGCAUUUAAAGGAAGAAAUUGAGAAACUGCAGAAAGUGAAUGCUAGAUUACAAAAUCAGACGCAGGUUAGUCGAAAGGGACGCCAGGAUGAAACGAAAAUGUUGCAUGAGAUUAAUAAGAAUCUAACAAAGUUGACAAACGAUCAGAAAGUCGCUAAAGCUUUGAACAAACUUGAGAAUUCAAUUGAAGAUAAGAUUUCAUCAGAAGAUUCACUAAUAACUUUAAGUACAACUACCACCAGAAGAAAACCGACACAAAAAACUACUUUUCCGUCGGAAAAUAAACAAAUAAAGUCCCAUAAGUCAAAGAAACAUGUUCAAAACGAACAAAUUGUUAUUACUAGUGAUUCCGAGGAAGAAACAAAGAACAAAAAUCAAAGAAAACAUAAAGUUAUUGUAGUUACAGACGAAUCAUCAUCUGAGACUGAUAUUUUAAUCCAUGAACAGAGUAAUAAAUCAAAACGACGUUCAAAUGAUUACGAAACUGAAUAUCGUCGGUCUUAUUCACGUUCCAGCUAUAAAAGUGACUCGGAAGAUGAAAUGGUUAGACCCAAAUCAAAGAAUCGUUCCAGGAGUUCAUUAGAAUCAAGAAAAUCGCUAGAAAACAAAGAAAACGAAAGCUCAAAUGGAGAUAUAACAACUUUUCGUAAUCUAAGCGAUCUUUCUGUGUCGGAAAACUACGAGAAAGUGUUUGGUGCACGUGGAAAGCAAACAGAAGGUAAAUAUACAUCUGGGAAGCUAAAAAGGCACAAUAGUUUGAAUGACACGCAACAAACUAAUAGCAAAAUUGAGACAAUAUUAACUGAUGGGUCAAAAGAGACAAAAUAUCCAAAUGGCAAUGUUAAAACCGUAUCUCCAGAUGGAAAUUUAGUAAAAAUGGAGUAUUUUAAUGGCGAUAUCAAAGAAACUGCGUUGUUGGAAGGAACUAUUAAAUAUUUUUAUAAAGAUACGCAGAUUUGGCAGACCACAUUCGCUACAGGAGAUGAAACAUUCGAAUUUCCUGAUGGACAAGUUGAGAAACAUCUUUCCGAUGGUUCCUCAACCGUACAUUUCCCAAAUGGUAUUGUGAAACACAUGAGUGCGGAUGGUAGCGAACAAAUCAACUAUCCAGAUGGCUCUGUUGUCAAUAUUAAACAAGAUGGCGAGAAAAUCCUUCUACUCGCCAACGGUCAGAAGGAAAUACAUACUGACAAACAUAAAAGACGUGAAUACCCGGAUGGCACGGUUAAAAUUAUCUACGCUGAUGGUUUGCAAGAAACGCGAUAUUCCAAUGGCCGCAUACGCAUGAAAGACAUAGACGGUAAUCUCAUAAUGGACUCACACAAAGAUUAACAUAAGUAAUUUAAUGCAAUUCUAUAGAAUACGACAGAGCACAAAUUAUAUUUGAUAUAUUUUUCGAA